UUGAAUACAAUGAUCAGCUUUCUUACGUUGAUUUUUCAGCUAACGAUAUGAAUGGGUCGCCUAGUUCAUUAUUAAGCGCUACGCGAGUAUUAGAGUUUUUAAAUUUAGAAAGAUGUCUUCUUAAAACAGUACCAAUAUUUGCAACUGCUAGCAAUCUUUUGACAAUGAAAUAUUUAAUACUGUCUAAAAAUGAAAUAAGUAAACUUGAUUAUCACGCCACUUUUAUAAAUUUAAGAAAUUUAGAAACACUAAAUUUGGCUGAAAAUGUCUUGGAACAAAUAAGUGAGGAUGUUUUCAAGCCAUUAAGAAAAUUAAAAGUUUUGGUACUCAGAGGCAACAAGAUAACUCAUCUCCCAGAAAAUCUAUUUCAGAAUAUGAAAAGUUUAGCGAAUAUUGAUUUAUCUCAUAAUUUGAUUGGAUCAGUUCCUGUAAAUGCUUUUCGAGGUUAUCACAACAUGGAAUAUCACGUCAAGUAACACAAAUAAUUUUAUUAUAAUUAAUCGUUUAGUGCACUGUUAAACUGUUAAUUGUUUUUGCUGCUU